AGUCCACGGUGGCGCAGUCAACUCUUUUCGGAUCCCUUUACACAGCAGAGGAAUUUCGCGGGUUGUAGCCAAGCAUCGACACAGCUUGUUUCCUCCGCGUGCGUGUGGGUUUCUUCUCUUCUCUUCCUUCUCCUCGCCGCAUCUGUCUUGCGGAAGUACAAUUCGCAUUUGAACGGAGUACUUUUGACUGCUUACAGCGCAGGUCCUUUUCAUUUCCCAUUUUUCUUACCCUCUCCAGCUAAGCGGCCUCAUCUCCAUCCCGCCAACGCAAACGCUUACACAGAUAUAUAUUCCACAAAGCGAUCUCUAAGCCUCUCCUCUCUUUGCCUUGUUGUUUCCUUCCUCUCUUACCUCACACCCCCACACACCCACGCUACGUAUUGCGGCUUCGCCAAAGAUGUUGCGUGGAGUAUCGCUAGCGCCGCAGCAGCGCGUGGCGAAGGACACGCAGGAGUUGCCCACCGAGCUCGUGAACUCGAUCAUCGGCGUCUCCGCGCACGCGCCGCCCGACUACGGUGCCACCGGUAGCACCGGCGGUGCCUCGCUGCUCUCCACCGCGGCCCCGCAGACCGGCGCGUCCUCUGGCGGUGCCCCGUCGCUGCUGACGCGUCUUUUCCGCUCUGCUCGACGUCGCUGCGAGACGAACAUGCCCAGUCAGGUGCCCGUCUUCGACGCAAACGGCAAUCUCACGACGAGCCAGACCGGUGUGAACACCUUCCGCUUUCGCAGCCUCUCCCUAUUUUACUUCUUCCGCGCGCAGCCGUGGACGGCCCUCAUCACCUACUCCGUUCUCCUCUACCUCGCCAUUGUCCUGCUCAUCUCGGCUGCCUAUUACGUGUGGGGAGUGUACUGCGGAGCCGGCCUGAACGUGGUGGUGUCCAUUUACUUUACCGUGGUGAGUCUCGCCGCGAACGGCGGGUACCUGGGCGAGGACGAGGGCACCAUGACGGACUCCACGCACAUGUGCUACCGCGGUCGCACCAUGAUCGUGAUGGUCUGCUCCUACGUGAAUAUCGUCUUUGUCGGCCUCGUCGCGGCGCUGGUGGUUGGCAAGGCCGAGUACACCGGUAAGCUGGGCCACCGCGUCGUCUUCAGCGACUUCUGCACCCUCUCUAGCAUCCCUGGCCGGGUAGGACAGUACCGUCUUACCUUUCGCAUGGCGAACGUGGACAACAACAUCCCUCUCGCGCACGGGAAGCUGCGCGUGUUCUGUGUGACGUCGGAGCCGCUGCAGGAGUACCGCCGUCGGCAGAAGCAGCUGUACCUGUUAAAGAACUCCGCCCCGACCAAGGCGAUGUCCACGACACCGAGCAGCUUACGCGGAUCGCCGCAGCCGCAGGCGUUGACGGAGGCCGUGCUGGAAGAUCGUUCCGCUGCACUCCAGAGGCACCAACAUAAGCGUCAUCACCACAGCAGCAACACGCCAGCGCCAGCAGCAGCAGCAGCAGCAGCUGCACGGCCGUUGAGCACGCGACGCAACAUACAGGCGGCGCUCGCCCCACUGCGCUCUUCGAGCGCGUUAGCGACGGACCAGCAGGAGACCCGCCCGCCGCCGCCGCGUAGGCGCUGUGGUCGUGGCCGCUCAGUACCUCCUGCCGAUGCCGCGAGCGGCCCUGAAGCCGUCGACGACGAGAAGAAGAAAGAGGUGAAAGAGGCGGGAGACGACGUGCAGCGCAGUGCGGGAACCAGCUCCGGUGGGUCGUCGGCGUCCUCCUCGCGCACGUCUUCCCGGAGCCGGUCGUCCUCCGCGUCUGCCUCGCGCUCGUCCUCGACGUCUUCUCACGCCUCCGCGGUGCAGGAGCCGACGACCGCGAAGUUGGAUAGCCGAGCAGCUGCUCGUGGGGCGGCGGCGGCGGUCGCAUCCGACGUCACGAACUCCUCCGUGACGAGUAAGCAGAACAGUGCCCUCUACGCGGCCUCGCCCCUCACCGCCGCGGCGGGCUCCUUCUCCGGGCCGGGCUUUCACAAGCAGGCGGUCGCCGCAGCGGCGGCAGUGUUGCAGGUGCCGGACGAGGACAGCGGCAACGGUGACCGUGGAAUGGAACGGGUGCACCUGCGUGUGCAGGAGAUGCGCUGGACCUGUGCAGAGGAGAGCUACGUCGACCACGGAGACAGCGGGCAGCUCUCGCUGUGGUACCCCGUCAACAUCACCCACACCAUCGACGAGCGCAGUCCCCUCUACUCCUUUAUGCAGCUGCCCUUCGUCGCCGCCUCGCUGAAGGAGGGUCCGUCGAUGGUAUUCGGUAGCGCCCGCAGCGACGACAGCAGCGUCCACCCACCGAGUCUGGGCGCCGCUGCCGCCAACAACGACAAAAGCCGUCUCGAUGCCGCGCACCACCGCUUCCAGCUGGUUGCCGUGUUCGACGCGACCGAGAUGGAGUCCGGCUCGACGAUUACGGCGAAGCACACCUACACGACGGUGGACAUCGUCGCGCACUACCGGUUCUCUGAGCGGUUGGUGCACAUGCAACCCAGCAGCGGCGAGGUGAUGCUCGACUUCCACUACUUCAACGCGCUGCUGCCGGCCGACCUCAUCGAGCUCUCCACGACUGACUCGGACUUGUGA